AUGUUCUGCGGAGAUUAUGUGCAAGGAACCAUCUUCCCAGCUCCCAAUUUCAACCCCAUAAUGGACGCCCAAAUGCUAGAGGGAGCACUCCAAGGAUUUGGCUGUGACAAAGACAUGCUGAUCGACAUUCUAACUCAACGUUGUAACGCACAAAGGCUGAUGAUUGCAGAGGCAUAUCAGAGCAUGUAUGGCCGGGACCUAAUUGGUGACCUGAAGGAGAAACUUUCAGAUCACUUCAAAGAUGUCAUGGUUGGCCUCAUGUACCCGCCACCUUCUUAUGAUGCUCACGAACUCUGGCAUGCCAUGAAGGGAGCAGGCACUGAAGAGAAUUGCCUCAUUGAUAUUUUAGCUUCAAGAACAAAUGGAGAAAUUUUCCAGAUGCGAGAAGCCUACUAUUUGCAAUACAACAGCAACCUUCAAGAGGACAUUUACUCAGAGACCUCAGGACACUUCAGGGAUACUCUCAUGAACCUGGUCCAGGGAACCAGAGAAGAAGGGUACACAGAUCCUGCAAUGGCUGCUCAGGAUGCAAUGGUCCUGUGGGAAGCCUGUCAACAGAAGACAGGGGAACACAAAACCAUGCUGCAAAUGAUCCUGUGCAACAAAAGUUAUCAACAACUAUGGCUGGUUUUCCAGGAAUUCCAAAAUAUUUCUGGGCAAGACCUAGUAGAUGCCAUUAAUGAAUGUUAUGAUGGAUACUUCCAAGAGUUGCUAGUUGCAAUUGUUCUAUGUGUUCGAGACAAACCAGCCUACUUUGCUUAUAGGCUAUAUAAUGCAAUCCAUGACUUUGGUUUCCAUAAUAAAACCGUAAUCAGGAUUCUAAUUGCCAGAAGUGAAAUAGACCUGAUGACCAUCAGGAAACGAUACAAAGAGAGAUACGGAAAAUCCCUAUUUCAUGACAUUAAGAACUUUGCUUCCGGGCAUUAUGAGAAAGCUCUGCUUGCCAUCUGUGCUGGUGAUGCUGAAGAUUACUAA